UCUGUCGGCAUCUGGUUGCAUCCGGAACAAGGACGCUGGAGUCUUUCUUCUUCGUCCUCGCCAGACCAGAAGCCCCGGUCUUCUUCGCGCUUCGGCUUCUCUCGGAAACCCUAAGCUCUCUUUCUCUCUCAAGAAGAAGAAGAAGAAGAAGUCAUCUAGGCAAAUACCCUCACUCUACCCCGAGGAUGGAUCAGAAUCACCAUGGAUGGCGUCCCGUGCCAGGUCAAGGUAACAUCUGCCCAGUUUGCUCCGUCCCACAUUUCCCAUUCUGCCCUUCGCCUCCCGUUUUCAAUCCAAGCCCCAGGUUUCCCUCCGCCCACCCCGACCAUCACCUCAACGGGUACCGACCCGUUGCUCCACAUUACGCUCAGGGGUUCGGUGAUCCGAGAAACCAGUGGCACGGAUACCCCAAUUACGGUAGAGAUGAUCUCGGACAGUACCCGAAUGAGUUUCGCCAAGAUGGUUUCGGGCCGAGGCCUAACGGUUAUGGCGGUGCCAAUGGGUUUGUUGGCGAGGGUGAAAGGAGCUACAAGAAGAUGAGAGUGGCGGAGUCGAGUGAUCCAAGUUUAAGUGGUUAUGCCAAUGGGAAUCAGGAUGUUUUUUCUAGGGCUUCGUUUGAUGACGAGCGUCGAUUGAAGCUGAUUCGGGAUCAUGGGGCUGUGGUGGGUGGGCCGCCUUCUGGAGUGAACGCAGGGUAUGGUUUUGAUAAUAGCAGGGAUGGGACAAGCGAAUUGGCCGUGAAAAAAAUGCAGAAGAGCUAUGGUAAUGGGAAUGUCCCGUUUGUUUUUGGAGAAGCCGACAGUGAACAGCAAUACUAUCUGCAGAAAAGUGCAAAUGAGUAUCAGGCCGAAGUUCCAGGCAUGAAGAGAAUGUAUAGUGGCCAGAGUGGUGGUGUUUCAAGGGACGAUUAUGGUCGUAACUAUCAGCCACCACAUCAACCUCAUGCAAUUCAAUCAGGGCAGGUGCAAAAUAACUUGACACAUGCUGAUAUAAGAGACGCUAACCAGCCAUAUCAUGCCAAUCAUGGUCCAGUUGGGUAUCAGAGUUUCCCUGGGAUGGCUCCAUAUGGUGCUCCGAGUUUAGGUGCAGGAGGAGGUUACUCACUGCAUCCUGCCGGGCUCGGCAUGAAUGUCGCUCGCCCUCCUCUCCCUCCAUCUCCUCCGCCACCCCUGCCGCUUGAUCCACUGGGUUACAGUUCAUUAGAACAGAAGGCACAUUCACCAUUGCCAUUGGCACCGCCUAGUUCUCUUUUUCCCUUGCCUUCGAGCUCUUCUAGAGUGUCUCCUCCGUAUCCUCCAGCACCUGGAAAUCACCACCUUCGGCAAAACUAUUACCGUGGUGGACAAACUCCAAUUGUGUCUGCUGGCUUUGUCCCAGAGGAAUAUAAGGCCAUGCAAGGGAACUCAUUGAGGCAGUAUGCUGGGCAGGGUCCACAGCUUUCAUCACAGCAAUUGCCUUUGCAGAAGCCAAAAAUUGUCGAUGCUUCCCAUAUUUUUAAGCCACCUCAUAAAAUUGGUCGACCUGAUCAUUUUGUCAUAAUUCUUAGAGGGUUUCCGGGAAGUGGAAAGAGUUACUUAGCCAAGAUGCUACGGGACCUUGAGGUUGAAAAUGGUGGUAGUGCUCCACGAAUUUAUGCUAUCGAUGAUUAUUUCAUGACCGAAGUCGAAAAGAGUGAUGAGAAUGGAGCUUCGAAGUCUUCGGCUGCAAUCAAAGGCAAGAAGACAGCUGUUAAAAAAGUGAUGGAGUAUUGUUAUGAACCUGAAAUGGAGGAGGCUUACCGGUCAAGCAUGCUGAAAGCAUACAAAAAGACCGUUGAGGAGGGAAAUUUCAACUUUGUAAUUGUGGAUGACCGCAAUCUGCGGGUUGCUGAUUUUGCUCAAUUUUGGGCAAUUGGGAAGACAUCAGGCUAUGAAGUUUACAUUUUAGAAGCAGGAUACAAGGACCCGGAGGGCUGUGCUGCUAGGAAUGUCCAUGGUUUUACCCUUGAUGACAUACAAAAGAUGAGAGGACAGUGGGAAGAAGCUCCAGCCUUAUAUUGGCAACUGGAUGUUAAGUCAUUAUUCCGUGGAGAUGAUCUCAAGGAAAGUGGGAUUCAAGAGGUGGACAUGGAUAUGGGGGAUGACCAUGAUGAGAGUCUACCCGCAGUAGAUGGAAAAAAAUUAGAGAAUCCCAAGGGACCUCCUCCUGAUGGUGAUGCAACAAAUGAAGAUUUCUCCAAAGUUGGGGAGAUAGGGGAUGGAGGAGGAGACCAUAUAACAGAAGUUAGAGAAUUAGGUAGGAGUAAGUGGUCAGAGAACCUAGAAGAACAUGAAAAUGACGAAAAGGUCGAAAGGCAAACCAGCGCAUCUGCUCUUUCUGGCUUGGUUCAAACAUAUGGCAAGGGAGGAAAAUCUGUACGCUGGGGAGACCAGGCUGGCAAUACUGGGUUCUUGAUCGGUGCUGCAAAGAAGGCAAAUGUAUUGUCUUUGGUGAUUGGAUCGGGUGCUGGAUACAACUUGAAGUCGAACCCGUUGCCUGAAGACGAUAAUUUGAUGGCAAGCCAUAGAGGUGAACUGAAGAGACAGAGGAGCACAUUCCAGGAGCGAAUUAGGGCGGAACGUGAGUCAUUCAAAGUAGUAUUUGACAGGAGACGUCAUCGGAUCGGUGGGCUUGAUUUGGAGGAGGAAUAGAGAACAAUGGAACUACUUAAGCCCCUGAAUUCUUAUGUUGCCUCUUUGCUAGGCAGUAACUUAGUGGCAUUUGUUGUAGAUUAGUAACACUGUAACUUGGCUUGCCCUGAAUUUUUUCGCUGUAGCAGGGGAAGUCCUCGCUCAAAAUUGAUGAAGUAAAUAUUUUCUCCUCCCUAA